AUGACUCUGACGUUUCCGGCUCUUGUCUUCCUUCUUUUCAGCUUCAUCUCCCAGGUUAUUCUACGUUGCUUAAGAUCUCUGACCAAGUUUCAAAAAACUCGAAAAGUUCCAGUGAAAUGACCUCUUUCAAACAGAUGACAUGCAAGAAAAACACUUGGGCUAAAAAAAUACGGGAAAUCCCUCAGGUGUUGGGCUUCUACGGCGGCGGUGGCUGCGGUGGCGGCGGAGGCCUCGGUCAACUUCUCGGCCUCGGUUAUUCUGGCGGAUACGGAGGCUAUGGUGGCUACGGCGGCGGGUGCGGCGACAACGGAUUCAUGUUGUAGGGUUUUACUGUAUUCUUUUGAGGUACGGUAGAUGCGCCACCGACGGUAUCUUUUAUCAUUACACUUGCUGCGCCUACAAUCCCUACGAGUGCUGCUUCGAGCUUGAAACUUGGUUUAUGUGAGUUGAAAUGGAUGAGCGGAAUCAUUCAGAGUUUCGAAUGGGAGCUUUUGAACUGUUAUAAACGCCUUCAAUAGUUGGAAAGAUCCAAGCUUUCUAAAAAUGUACAGCUAAGAAUAAAAAUGACAGAAUGCACUUUCCUUUUUUGGAAAACUUCAUUUAUUUAUUCGUUUUUCUUCGCCCAGGUUCAUGAUAAUCUCGGAAAUUUCAGAUGAUUAUCAUUUUUCACGAUUCAACGCUGCAGGUUUAUUAUAAUUAUAACCUUCUUAACUGCGCUGAAACUAUGUUUUCUAGAAACUGAUUCGACAAUGCUGCAACCUGAUAUGUUUAAUAUUGAAAAACUGGAAAAGAGAGCACCACAGAAUUUUUUUAAGUAAAAAAACAACUCUUUUUGUCUAGGCCCAUUAUAGACAAGACGACUGCGAAAACAUGUCAUAACUACACAUCAUUUUUUCAUGGAUAUUGUUGCCCAUUCAAAUCAAAAAUCGUAACAAACGGUAUCAAAUAGACGGAACCAGCUGAGAGCAGCUAGACGUCCUUAAACUCGAACCACUACCAAUUAGGAUUUGAUUAUGUAACGCGUGGAUAAAUACGGGAACGGCUUUAAAGAAGUUAUGGUUUUUGAGAUGACCAAAGAAGAUUUUAUAAGUCUUCGAAAAAUUGGUUUCUGAUACGGAAGCUGCAAAUAUCACAAAAUGAUUUAAAUCGUUUAUAAACUACUUUUUUUUGAUUCUCUUCGAUUCCACUUAAACAUUUUUAAAUUAAAGUGGAACUUUAUCGAAUUGGAGACAAAUAUAACUUUCCCGGUUCUCUUCCUCCUCGAACAUUUCAUUUCAAUCAUAAGCAAGAGCUUCUCCCUUCGAUUUAAACUUCACGCAGCCCAGAAAACCUUUUUUCAGUGUGUUCCUGGUGAUAUUCGGCUUCGUCCUGUUCUGCUGCGUGUGUGCCUGUCUGGCCGGCUGCGUCUGGGCGGCUCGAAGUCGACAACAAUAGUCUCCCUUCUUUAAAGUUUCUCGUAUCCCUGCACUUGUAGAUAAAUAAACAUUUUGUUUUGGAAAUUUACAAAGUGAUUCAUUGGAAUCUGUUCGUCUGGCAGGAGAGUAUGAGACUUCUGGAAAACGUGAGCGCCGCAGCUGAGCAAACGACAGAAGGAAACCUCCAAGCUUCGUUUUCCGCGCAUUGUUUCAGGACGCCGCGACCCAGGCGCCAUGUCGGCUCUUCCACUUCUUCUUCUCAUAUCUUUCGUCUCAUUCGGUGCGACUUUUAAUUGAUUGAAUGAUAAUUAAGCUUAAAUGCCUGUUAACAUUAUAUCUGAUUCCAUAACGGCUCGAAACAAUGUAAAAAAAAUUAUUUGUAAAAGCGCUAAUGAAUGAAAAAUAUAAGAGGUUUCAAAAAGUACGAGUAAAAAGGAAGGCAGAAAAAAAGCAAAAAAAUGAUCAAAUUUUUUUACAAAUGUCAAGGUUUUUCGUCACAAGAUUUCGAAAAAAAUUCCAAAUAAAAAAAGAAAAAAAUAAUUUGGAAGGAAAAAAACAAUGCGAAAGCCAGGUACAAGCCUGGUCGUAGAGGAACGAAUCCGCACCACUGACAUAUGGCGCCGAAAAAUCGCCACAACUUUUUAUCUGACCUACACUAAAGCCUAUAGCUGAUUCACGGCUGGCUUGAGACAUCGAAAAAAGGGUUCUCAGACGAUAAGGCACGAGAAAAAGCCUGGAUCGUGGAGAGCGUAGACAGGCUACGCCCUCUUAGCGUCGCAAGCUAGCCGUGAAUCGGCUAUAUUUCUGUUCUCGCAGCUAGCUAGAUAACGACAAAAUAGUGUAGGUCAGAGAAAGAGUUGUGGCCAUCUUAGGGCGCCCAUCUCGGAUCUCGGUAACUAGAACCGCCCGGCAACGUCCGGAGCACGUCCGUUUCGCGACCAAUGUCCAAACAGAGACUUGAAAUUUUUGAAGCUGGCCUUGAAAAGCGUUUGCUGCUAUUUCUCAAUGACUUCUCCGAAAAUCAAAAACUUUCGAAGUGGUCUUCGACUCUCCAAGGACGUACAUUAUUUUUCUCGUUGCCUGACGGUUAUUUUUAAUUCGCCCAAUUUCAUUUGGGCAUAGCAUUAAUUUUCGCUGAAUCAGGGCUGUCGCUCCUAUGUAUAGUCGAUGUGCCACGACUUGAAAUUUCAUGGAACGACACUCCGUUGGGUGGCCGUGAAAGCGCCUUGCCUUUGCGAAUUUCGGUCGCGCUUUCCUUUUUUUUCUUUUAUUUGAAAUUUUCAUUAUUUUAAUUAUGUUUUAAUAGUUUUCUUCGUGCCAAACUCAUAAUUAUCUUUUCUAGUGGAUAGACUGUUUCAUUGAUAAAAAUAAAGUAGAGUAAUUUUCGAAUUUUAAGAGAAAAUGCGUUUAUAAUAUUUGAAAGUUUUUCAUGAGAUGGUCUUUGGUUCUGUUCAAUAUAUUCCGUUAUUUAACCUUCAUUGAGCCUUUAUCGACAUUUCUUUUUUCAUUUCAAAUAAUGUAAAAAAUAUCCCAAUCAGAAAUAAAAUACACAGUGAAUGAUUUUAAAAAAAUUGAAUGUUUCUACAUCGACGAAGGAACGAAAACCUUUCUUCAAAUUAUGGUGCAUGUGCUCAUGGAAGUAAACGUCUUCAUUCAAUAAGACACUCAAUUUCUGAAAAAAAACCAUUAACGACUGCAAACAGAAAAAAAAACGAUGAAAACAUUAAAACAUGGCCAUAAAAAAAACACAGAAACUUUUGUAGAAUAUUGUGGUGUUUACGGCCUAUUUCACCCGCAAAUCUUUUUGGUAAACCUUUGAAACCUUUUUUGAGAAACGAGAAAAACAAUAUUAAAGCGAUUGACGAAUACAUGAAGUUUUUCAAACUUUUUUUUAUCGCUUUUUUCGAGAAAGAUCAUGAAAUUUUCUGUGUUCUUUUGUUUACAUUUGUACAACGCAAUCCUUUUCAACGAAAAUAAUACAUUUUGAAGGAAUAAAAAAACUAAAAAACGACCAAAAUUAGAAUGAAAACCAAAAAAAAAUUAGCGUGGCCGAGGUUGGCAAACUCGCAAGAUGCGCGCUAUAGUCUGUUCAGAUUUUGAAUGUCAACUAGAAUGACGUCAUUCGAAAACGCUCUGUGGAUGGCUCGCUCUCUGAUUGGUUUAUCGCGCCAUUAGGGGGCGGAGCUUCAGCGAGGACUUGACAUUUGAAAUCUGAACAGACUAUACCGCACAAAUCAAAACAGCGGAGUGUUGUUCCAUGAAAUUUCAACUUGUGGCACAUCGACUAUAAUAGAGCGCAUGAUUUCUAAAAAUUUGAAACUUUUUGGCAUCGAUUUUCCCAGAAAAAAUAUCGAAAUAGUGUCUGCGUGAGAGUCAUUUUUUUUCCACUUUUCAGUCUCCACACAAGGAAACUCUUGUCCGCCAGGCCUCUCCGCGGUUUUCAGUUCCUCCAACCAGCCACAGGUAGCUUUAUCGAUUGCCCAUUACUUUAGAAAGGUUUCCAGACGUGCAGUCCACAGGCGACAUGCCAAUGCCAGUCAGUACAGGGGGCGAUCUGCCAGUACUCUUCCUUCUACUCCAAUUACAUCUGCUGCUCGGCUUUCGCGAAUCGUGCGCGAUUUUUGAAGCUCUCAUUCCUAAAAACAAUUGUCUAGAAUGUGGGUCUAACGUGAGCCCUCAGAUGACGAGCUCUGGACAGCUCGUGCAGUGCUCGACCAACAGCCAGUGCGCCUCGAACUUUGUCUGCACACAAGGUGUCUGCUGUGCCAGCUCUUCAUCUUCCAGUGAGUCUAGGAAAAGCUCGAUUUUGUUCAUCAAAUAUGCAAACAGCUUCUAAGACUUAAGAAAAAUUUCCAGUUUCCGUUCAAACUUUUUACUUUGUUUAUACAGAAAUUUCUAAAUUUCGAGUAUAAAACAAGCAUUGAAAAUUGUUUUUUCAAAGCUGAAGCCUCAAGACUGAUAUGAAGUUUUCUAGACUGCCAGUCGACGCCGUCGACGUGUCUCUCAGGACAGAUCCAAGUCAACGGCCAAUGCUACAACUCGGUGCAAAUCGGCGCCUCGUGCCAACGCAGUGAACAGUGCGUCGGCGGUUCUGUCUGCACGGUGACGCAGUUGUGCGGGCCUCGGUUACUGUGGAUUUUCAGCAGAACAUUUGUCAGUGUCCUCAAGGGUAUCUAUCCUCCAAUCAACAAUGCGUCGUCAACAACGGCGUCAACUGCCCUUUGGGAACCGUAUGUUUUUUUUCUUCAUUUUCUUCCUCUCUUUAUAUACAUAAUCAAGAGUUUUCAUUUUGGCGGUAUGAAAAAAGACCAGCGAAUUUUUGAACGGCGACUUUUCCAAUUUUUCAUAUCGCUAGAGAACUUUACGACAGAGAAGUUUCCGACGAAUCCUCUUCCGACUUUUUUUUCUCAAUAAACUCUUCGUUUUGAAACCUCCUAUAUAAAGUAGGUAGUUGAUUCAUGAAUAAAACACAAAGAAGUUGAAAAAAAAAAAAUGAUAUUAUGUGUUUUAUAAAACAAGUUGAGGCAAGUUGGCAGAAAUGACUUCACUGGUGAAUCGAGAGGUAGAUACAAGGAGGUACCGGAUAGCAACUCAAGUCAAUCGGCGAAUGGAAUCGGUGGUCAUUUGUAUGCGACCGGGUGAUAUCUCUAUGGUACCUGGAUAGUACCUGAUCGGUAUCUGGAUGCUUCCGGGUAUGUACCCGAAACUCGCGAUUGCCACUGGCUGGCACAUCGGUCGUUUAUAUACCGUCAGUGUUUUUACACCAUCCCAAGCCUUCCAGGGUCCUACAGGAUAAAGCCGAAACAAAAAAUAACGACCCGGGAACCAAUUCCAGACUUUCCGAAAGAAAUCGCGAAUGUCAGGUAGCUACCCGGUAGCUACUUGAAUCGACCUCCGACCCAGGUACAAUAGAGAUAGUACCCGGUCGCAUACAAACGACCACCGAUUACCAUUCGCCGAUUGACUUGAGUUGCUACCCGGUACCUACUUGUAUCGACUUCCCGAUUCAUCUUUGUUGCUGCGGUCGCGACGCGGCUCUCAGCAGGAAACGCAGAUUCGAAUGCAAGAUUUUUAUUUCUUUUUCUGAUAGUUUUCCGGUCAUUUUUUUAUCUGGAAUUGACUUUUUUUUUUAAGGCAACAAGUCACCCUGCCGACCUGCCCCAAAGUCUAAAAAAAAAUUGAUUAAAUUUGUGAAAAUGUUUAAAUUUUUCUUCUCUCUUUAGCAGUUUUCUGGAGAAAAAGAGAUUAAUUUUGGUGAAAUUUAACAAGUUCCUUUUACGAAAGAAUUUUAAUUUUUAAAUUUCCCAUUUUCUUCUCGAACUUACAUCUGACAGGUCUCCUACGGCUCGCAGUGUGUUUCUCUGGCGUCUCCAGGUCAGACCUGCAUGACGUCAUCACAAUGCAUCGACAAUUCUCAGUGCAAUAACGGUGUCUGCACGUGUCUCUCCAACUAGUGGGUCCAAGAGCUUUUCCGCAACCGCAUCCGUUUCAGUAACAUGGUCUACGGCUACUGCAUCGCCUACACCGGAGGGCCAUGCCAGUCCACACAGGUCGGCUCUGAUUGAAGACGCCGCUGUACCUGUUGCAGACGUUGGUCAACAACCAGUGCAUGUUGUACGCGAUCGUCGGCGAGAGCUGCGUUGCCAGCAACCAGUGCGUCGGCGGCUCCACCUGCAGCAACGGCGUCUGCCGCUGCAAUCCGGGGUUUAUCAUUUGAGUCUGAGAAGAUGUCUCAGCUUCCAAGACUAUAAUUAAACGUGGACAAAGAGGAACAAGUGUGGGUCGACAUCCAAGAACCAUCCUCGUUCUCGCCGCGUGAUAAACUUCAUAUCAUCAUUAAACUUUAACGUAGCUCUUUAUUCUGAAAUUUUUUUUCCUCAAAUGUCUCUUAAAAAGCCAAGUUCACCUCACAAGUAAGUCUCAUACUCCAUCUCAAUCAUUCAAUUGUUUUUUUUUUGUUUUAUUCAUAGAUGUAAUCGACUGGGCGGUGAACAAGAACUUUUGAAGUCUUAACCAACAACCGCCUCCGGCGAACUAGAAGUCCAAACGUAUUCGAAAGAGUUGAAAGCAUGGUCUUACGGUCCUUCGCCUCGUUCUUCUGCGCGUAGUCCGUUCAGUUGAGCCUUGACGAGUUCAGAAUGUAGCAGAUGUGUUGGUCCGGAGACCGUCCUCUAGGAGCUACAAAAUCGACUGCGCUGAACUCACAAAUAACAACGAGAAAAACUUUUGGGUUUUUUUUUGUUGUUUAUAGCGAAUAAAUAGGAAAAUUUUGAAAAAAUAAUCGCCAGCGCAUUUAGACAUAGGUGCGCGCGAAAGUCGCGUAGAGGUAAAUGCCUUUUUUUUUUAGAAGGAUUCAUCGGAAGUUCUAUAGCUCUAGAUAUGAAUAAAGCGGAAAAGUCGCCGUUAGAAAAUUAGCUCGUAUUGAAUUCGGACCAUCGUGUUUUUACCUUGAAAUAAAAACCUUGAAAUUCAUGAUCCUUCUUAUCCUGGUAAAAGACCGGCUUUUCUUAUAACAUUACCAAAAAGAAUAUGUUUAUUUCGCUCACAGACAAAUCUGUGGCGUGGAGGAAGAGAACCAUGAAAAUAUAUUUGCUUUAUAUGGUUCAGUUUCACGGCAAUGUACGGCUACUGCAUCGGCGGCUCCUCGUCGAACCAGUGUCCAAAUGGCCAGGUGCUGAUCAACAACCAGUGCUGGAACACGGCGCAGAUUGGUACUCAAUGCAGCUAUUCCCAACAGUGUCUCGGCAACUCUCAAUGCUCCAACGGCCUCUGUCAGUGUCCUCCGGGCUCCAGCUUUCCUAAUGGCCAGUGCUCCGGCGGCUCCUCGAGCAAUGGCUGCGCCUCAAAUCAGGUUUCAUCUCAAGUAUGCCACUCAACUGUUUCUCAGGUCUUCAUCGGUCAAUGCUCGAACGGGGCUCAAAUCGGAUCACAAUGCAGCCAGUCUCAACAGUGUCUGGGCAACUCUCAAUGUAUCAACAAUCAAUGUCAAUGUCCCAGCGGCGCCGUCAAUUCCAACGGCCGAUGUGUAGCGACCUCUGCAGGAUGUCCUCAAAACCAGGUUCACACAGCCAUGAAGAAAUCUCGGGGAUGUGUACUUGGCAGGUGAUGGUCAACAAUCAGUGCUGGAACACGGCUCAAAUCGGCUUCCAAUGCUCCUUCUCGCAGCAAUGCUUCAACAACGGAGGCCAGUGCACAAACGGCGUCUGUCAGUGUCCCGCAGGCACUUCCAACCUCAACGGACAGUGCGCGACGAGCAGCGGCUCCGGCUGCGGGCAGAACCAGGUUCCAGAGAGUGUUUGACUGCAACUCCUUCUUCGCAGGUCUUGAUCGGACAAUGCUGGAACACGGUGCAGAUCGGCCAGCAGUGCAGCUACUCGCAGCAGUGUCUCGGCAACUCCCAAUGUUCCAACGGACUCUGUCAGUGUCCUUCCGGAUCGUCCAACGUCAAUGGAUACUGCCAAGGAGCCUCUUCGUGCACUUCAAACCAGGUUUCAAAACGAACCAUGCUCAAACAUAAGUCUAUAGAACCUAUAACGAUCUAGUUUUGAAGAUAAUAUAUAUAAUACACUUUGUGGUCAUUUAGUAAAGACGUGUCCGUCCCACUUUCUUACGGAAAAAAAAACAAAAGUUGGACGAUUUCAAAGAACCUCCAGAAACAAAAGACAUCAAAUUUAUAGACAAAAUUGUUUAAUAUCUUGGAGUCGAACGACCUACCUUUCUGCUUUUUGUAGCAGAGAAAAAUUUGAAUUUUACUUCAACGAUAAGAUUUGUUCUUAUGAAAACUGUGUAUGGGAAAUUCGGAGAAAAUAGAGAAAGUUUUAGAAUUAAAAUGAACGCCCAGUAAGAAAAAAUUAAGUGAACAACCUAAUGUGAAGAAAAGAACAUGUUGUGAAGAAAAGAACAUGUUAACCAUUAGGUUUUGAUCAACAACCAAUGCUGGACGUCGUCGCCUAUCGGAGGCGCCUGUACCUACACGCAGCAGUGUUUGGGCAACUCGCAGUGCCUGAACAGCGUGUGUCAGUGUGGCGCCGCAUCCUCCAACGUGAACGGCUUCUGUUCCGGCUCCGGCUCCUCGUGUCCGAACAACCAAGUGCUCGUCAACAACCAGUGCCUCAACACGGUGCAGGUCAACGGCCAGUGCAGCUUCUCGCAGCAGUGUCUGUCCGGCUCGACGUGUCAGGCCGGAGUCUGUCGCUGUCCCAACAACUCGCAGCUCGUCAACGGCGUCUGCAGUGGUGGGUCCUCGCAGCGGCCAGAAGACGUCGUCGGUUUCAGGGACGACGACCAACGGCGUCUGUCCGGCCAACUUCACAGCGCAGACCAACCAACAGGGACAGCUUGUCAACUGCAUGCAGACGACGUGCGCCGCCUCGGCCAUCUGUCAGUACUCGGCCACAGCUCAACAGUACGUCUGCUGUAUGCCGUCCAACAACGGAUAA